GCUGAAUGAAACGGCGCCCACCGCAUAUACGUGCUACAAGACGAACCGUUGGUACCCAGAGCCUCGCUCAUCAAGUAACUAUCAAUAAAGCUCAACUCGCAGAUCUCGGCUCCCCCACGGAUGGACGUCGAGUUCCCAGGAUUUCGAGUUUCCAUUGCCACUUGACUACAUUGAGAUUCCAUUUCACGUGCCUCUGCGCGAAAUGAGCUUGCCUCCGUUGUGACACGCGUACUUUCACCAUGCAGUUCCAACUCCCUUCCAUUCCUUUACCGUCGCGUUUCUCCUCCAUGUCCUCUUCCAGCACUAUACCCUCGCAAAAUUACCUUAUCGGCUUGCGGGGGCUUCUUGCAAUUCAGUGCUUCUUGUUUACUUUCUUCCAACUGUUCUUGCCUACCUCUGUUGCCGACUCAUCAAAUGAAGAUGGUCGUCUGUAUCAAAAACUCAUCCGCAAGACGCUCUCAGUGCUUUUCUGGAACGAAUCACUCAUUUACUCCUUUAUCAUUCUCCUUUCAGCCCGCACAUUGUGCCUCCCGUAUCUCCAUAAUCCAGACCGCACCAUCUGCUCGUCUUCGAUAUUCCGUCGAGCCUUGCGUCUCUGGCUUCCCACCUUCGUUGGAUUCUCGCUAUCCGUAGCCGCCUUCAGCACCACGUCUACAGAUUACAUCGAAACCUUCCUUCACACCACCGGAAAUGUUUCUACAACAGCACCGCUACGAAUGCGUACCUUUCUCGUCUACUUCAACUCCCAAUUCGACAUGUUCUGGGUGACCAAGCAUUACACGUCGCAGGCUGCCAACCUGGCAUUCCCUUCUGGUACAAUUUGGCUCAUAUCAGUCAUUUUCCAGCAGAGCUAUACAGUCUACAUGACUAUGAUCACAAUCCCCUACACACGCACUUCCUGGCGAGUCAAGGCCUUCAUCGUCUUCAUUCUCACAGCAUGGUGGGUUCAAAGCUGGGCUUGGUAUAGCGUCACCGGUCUGUUGCUCGCAGACGCCACUUUGAACAUGGAUCUCCAGUUCAAGUCGCGCAGUGGCAUUCGGGUCGGACGAUACCGAGUGCCGAUGUGGCCUAUCUACGGGGUGCUGGUGUUCACUGGUGUUCUGUUGCAAUAUCUGUUCAUUGCGUGGAGGCCUGAGUUCCGGCAUAAGGAGUUGCAGGGACAUACCGGACUGUAUACUUCUGGGUCGUUGAACUCGGGCGUUGACACCGAGCAGCCACAGGCUAGGGACGAUAACUACUUGGUCAUUCUGGGGACGAUGCUGUUCGUUGAGACAUACGAUGUUCUGCAGAGAGUUCUCCGCAAUAGAGUCCUUGUAGGUCUCGGAAAGAGGAGCUUCAGCAUCUUCCUCGCGCAACCGAUCUUGUUGUACACUGCUGGCAUCAAACUGUACAUGCAUAUGCAUGCUUCGGGAAUUUCUCACGAGAUGGCUACAUUUGUCUGUUUCAUCGUGUGUGUUCCUCUUGUUGGAUUGGCUGCGGAGGUGUUCUAUCGAGUCAUUGACCUCCCCAGCAUUGCUGCUGCUAAAGAGACUUGGGCUUGGUUGAAGAGAUAGGAAGUGUAUGGGCAGUCUAGCAUGUUUCACAUAUACAGUUAAGUCAUAUCUGGAAUCUUUUUCUGAUAUGGUUGAAUAGCAUUAAUAAUUUCCAUACUGGUGGGAGAGGAGUUAUGGCGUCCAAUUUCUAUGUUGAU